UGUGUGUGUGUGUGUGUGUGUGUGUGUGUGUGUGUGUGUGUACGUACUCAGGAACUAAACGUCCUCUGAUGAAACUCUUUCUGCUCUUUGUUAUUUCUCUAAAAUGUCCCCGUGUCCCCGUCCUCAGCCAGUCCAUGACCUGAGGCUGUCCCCGCUGCGGCGCUCCCUGCUGGGCAGCGUCUCGGACAGCGGCGCCGUCGUCUUGUGGGACUCCAACACCCAGAAGGAGCUGCACGUGUUUGACGGCGCCCACAAGGCGCCGGGCUCCGGUCUGGCCUUCUCGCCCGCGAGCGAGCUGCUGGUGGUCAGCGUCGGUCUGGACAAGAAGAUCGUCUGCUACGACACGGCCAGCAGGAUCGUCCUGCGGUCGAUCCGGGUGGACGGUCCCCUGACCGCGGUGGACUUCACUCCGGACGGUACCGGUCUGGUGGUUGGAUCCACUCAGGGGAAGAUCUACCAUUACGACCUGAGGAACUCCGGCGCCCCCACCAGGAUCACCGCGGCGCACAAAACCUCCGUCACCUGCCUUCGUUUCCAGAGCAACGCCAACAAACACAAGUCCAGCAAACUGGGAUCCACAAAGAUCGCCAGCACGAAGAGAUCCUCCAUCAAGGUGUCAAACAGCCAGCCGGACUCCGCCCCCGCCACGGGCCCCGCCCCCCACAGACAGGUCACAGGCACAGCAGGCGGCGCCGGCGCAGAGGUCGCGUCCCGGGAGGCCGAAGGUCAGCAGGGGACGGAGCAGCUUCCGGUUGUGGACAAGUUCAGCAGCGUUGGACGAAACAGCCUGGACGUCUUCUCUCCGGCUCGGGAAGACUGCGGGACCCACGGGACAACCGGAGACACGCCGUUUGGAAGAACACACGGUACAACAGGAAUUACCAGUUUGGAGAUGCUGUCCAGAGAAGGAGAGGGACAGCAGGUCAUCGGUCGGGCCAGUUUGGACAUCUUCUCCCCAGUCAGAGAAGACUGUCAUUCAGGGGCCACCUCGCACAGGAAGACCCCCCUGGGAACGCCCCUGGUGGGCGCCGCAGGGCGCUGCUACAGCCCGCUGUCCGCCUUCCAGACCCCUCCCCCGAUCAAAGAGGAGGAGCCAGCCCACGCCGCGGACGCCGAGCCACGUGACCCCAGGAAGUCGGACAAAACCAGCAGCUCCAGUGUGGAGGGGGAGGGGCCGACCACGCCCACCGCCACCCAGCAGACCAGUCACAGCCAGCCGGCCCCGCCCUUCUUCACUCCGGAGCCCAGCCUCAGGAGGGCCAACGGCGUUCAGGCUCAGCUGAGCUACGACUCACCUGUCCAGGGAGCUCCGCCCACCAUGGCAGGUACAGCAGGCAGGCCGGGGGCCAGAGUCCAGGGGCCCGUCACAGAGGUCCCGGACAGGUUUUUCAGGGUUUCAGGACGUUUCUCAAAUAUCAGAGCAUUUUAAGACGUCUCGAUUUUACAAUGUUCCUUUUUAGGACGUUUUAAGGGUUUUAAGAAAUUUAGGAUUUUUGGACGUUAAUGGGGUUUCAAGACAUUUUUAGGA